AUGAUCGACCCUGCAACCAGAGAAAUCAUUGGAUGGUUUUCAUGUUCCGCGUGCGAACUCGAUGUACUUAAAUACAUUCUUUUAUCACUUGCCGAACCACACGACAGUCCAAAGCUGUCUUCGAUCAGUUUAGAGUUAGACAUCAUUUCCAAAUCGAUAACAGAUUGCGCGAGAGCAGGAUUGACAGAACAAAACCGGCAACAAAUGUGUUUCAAACUUAUUGAAGACUAUCAGGCCUGGCGAAUGACGGGUGACUUUGCAAUAAGAAGUCGUAUGUUGCCAAAAAUAUUCGCUCUACUAGAAUUGUCCGAGACACGGUCGAUUGAUCUAAUGAAUAAUCUAUCAAACCAGUCGGCCAUUCAGCGAUCGGCUUUGCGUGAAAUUGUAUACCGUCGACUCAAAGGGUUGAGCGAUUUCAUACGUAAUGAUUUAUCAACUGUGUCUCUCAUUACGCAUCGCGAUAAUAAAAUCUCUCAGCUCGAGUCCGAGAUCGAACAAAUAAAAACAUUAUUAACACAGAAAUCUCAGCACCUUGAAGAAUCAUUGAAAGUCAGAGACAAUAUGUUUGACAAAUUCGAAGAAGAGAAAAGGACAUUAGCAGAGGAACACAAAAAAACGGAAGAGCGUUCACGAGAACAGAUGCGAGUUAUGCGUCAUCAGCUGAAAGCGUAUAAAUCUGAACUUGCUAGGUACCAGUCGGCCCUUACUAAUAAGGUCAACAUGCCAAUGUUUGACGACGGAUCAGAUGGGCAAAUGGAAUUAAGAAAGAGGAUCGAGAGGAUACACCAAGAGCUGGAAGACUUUACAAAAGUCAAAGGCAGUGGAGUACGCAUCAAUGAGGAGGCAGCCGAGAGAUUGUUGGCACAGUAUCAGAGUAGACUAGACUUUCAGAACAAGGUUGUGUUGAGUGCUGCGCUUCAGAGGCUUACUGUUAAAAAGGUGUUUGCGUUUGUCGAUAGUCUGUAUAAGCAAAGGGUUGACGAUAUCGAAUUCGAUGAAAGGGAUGAAAGAGAAGAAAUGGACAUUAGUAGGGACGAAAGACAUUUAGAAGCCAUGAUCGUACAAGAGUUGGAGAGAAUGCUCGCGCUUACACAAAGAUUUUCUCAGACACGAGAGGGAAAUGACAGUGUGUCUUUGGUAGUAUCCACCAUUCUCCGUAAACAAGUCUAUACGUCUCUGGGUCACAGAGCCUUUGAGAAAACAAAAUCAAAACAUCGAGCCAUAUCCGAUCUAAUCAUCGAGCUAUUAGAUGCAAUCGCCGAAUACCGUGUAAUCCUAGACGACACCAAAAAGAGAGAAUGUACCAGAAUUGCAAUGCAAGUAAUUCUCGACCUUAUCCAUCUGCGAUUCCACUUGAAGGCACAAGAACCCGAACCCGAACUUAAAUGGUUCGAAAGCGGAAAGCGUGUCAAUCUCGAUGUGAUGGAUGGUACGUGUAUGGUAGAAAACACACACUUUGAAGUUGAUUUCUGUUAUUUUCCUGCUAUCGGCUUACAUCUGACGGACGAAAAGAUGAGAGUCAUAUUCAGUAAAGCCCAGGUGGUUGCUAAAGAACGAGAAAGACGUGGAUCCUCAAAGAUCAUCAAACGACAAAUGUCGGGAGAUAGGAUCGAAUACUAA